AUGUCCCCUACUCGAGAUCCCCUACAGAACCCCAAGUUCGAAAGUGAAGAUUCCUACGUGGGCAAAAGGGAGGGCCAGAAACUCUCAUCCCAUCUUAUCCAGCAGCAGAAUCCCUGGCACCGACUCCAUGCAGCUACUACAAUUGCCAGUAUCAGGCGAGAUGUAUAUUUCUAUGAUCCAGAGAUCCCCCAGGAUGACUUGGAUUUCCGAAUUACAUCCUUGUACAACCACCACACUGGAUUGUUUCAGGACAAGGCACAGUCACUAGUCCAUCAUGAGACUGUCCAUGAUACUCAUGGAGUUAUCAAACUCCAGCACCCAGAUGAGAUAGUCCCUCCUACUCCUCUACCUCCCAUCACUUCCAGGGCAUUGAUGAGGCAUUGGAUGAAUCCCAAGAAGGAAUCAAUCCACAGUGUCCAAGGGACCAUAGUGGCCCCUCACACUGCAGCCACCAAUGGUGGCUACUCCAGAAAGACUGAUGGUGGCUUCUUUUCUACCUAAUUUUAUUUACUUACUCACUUGAGUAACACUUGCAGAGCCUCUGC